UAAAUAAAAAAGAAAAGGGCCUUGAUGAGUGAUGAGCGGUAAAAGAUAAAAUUGAGCAUAGAAAUUAGAGUGCAGCAGAUUGGUAUGGCUCUGGCUCUGGCUCUGGUUCGCCCACCUCACUUAGCUUGGCCUCCGCCUCUCCGUCGACCUAACACUAGUCUCCGGCAUCCAACUGUUGGAGUUUUCUGUUCCUCCAAACCUCUGCCGCAGACAGAUGCAGGCGGCAGAAGUGAAUACAAGCCCGGCCCCCUGGAUAACCUCUUCCUUCAUUUGUUCCGUAGCAAAAUGGUCCAGGAGUCGGGAUGGGACUCCGACAAGCCUGGAUAUGAUGGACUAAUUGAAGUUGCCAACCGUCUUGUUAUUGGUCGAAGCAAUUCUGAAACAAGAGAAGCCGCUGUCCGUAUAUUGCAAUCACUCUUUCCUCCUUGGCUGUUACAUCUCUAUAAAAUGCUUAUUGGACCUUUAGCCGGAGGGAGUGUUGCGGCCGUGAUGGUAGCAAGAGUGACGGCAUUAUCUUGCAAAUGGCUCAUGGGUCCUUGCACUGUCAACUCUGUGGAUCUUCCUAACGGAUCCUCCUGGAUGAGUGGGGUGUUUGUAGAGAGAUGCAAGUAUUUAGAAGAGAGCAAAUGCGUGGGUAUAUGUAUCAAUACAUGUAAGCUCCCUACACAGGCUUUCUUUAAGGAUUGUAUGGGAGUUCCUUUGCUUAUGGAGCCAAACUUCAGUGACUAUAGCUGCCAGUUCAAGUUUGGGAUCCUGCCUCCCCAUGAUGAUGACACUGUAAAGGAACCUUGCCUCGAGAUAUGCCCAAACGCCAUUAGACGGAAGGAAGAUGCAUUAAAGUGUCCAAAGGCGUGAGUGAGACAUUGUACAACUUUCUCUUAGCUUCAAUGUAUAUGUAGUAUAAUUCUAUCUUGUUCACACACCAUUACUCUAGUGCAAUGCACUUCAAAUACCAAGUGGACACACCAGGAAACGCUAUCUUUCACACUCA